UUGGGGCAAUACCAUAACUUUGUUCCCAAACGUUUGGAACCAAUUUAUGAAGAAUCAAACUCAAGAUGAUCAAGUACAUGCCUUUAUUCCGAUCUUGCUCCACCACAAGAACCCUCACUCAACUUCACGCUCAUCUCGUCGUCACAGGCCAACACAGAAGCCCUCUUGCGUCAACAAAGCUCAUAGAAUCAUACGCCCAAUUGGGUCCUCUAGAUUCCGCACAGCUUGUAUUUCAAACAUUCCCUACACCAGACUCUUACAUGUACGGUGUACUCAUCAAACGCUUUGUUUGGUGCCGAUUAUUCAAACAAGCCAUUGCUUUAUAUAGUCACAUGCUGCAGGAACUAACCCUCAUCAGUAGCUUCAUUUUUCCAUCCGUUUUACGGGCUUGUUCGGGUUUUGGUGAUCUGGGUAUUGGGAAAAAUGUUCAUGGGAGGAUAAUUAAAUGUGGGGCUGAGUUAGAUCCUGUGGUUCAGACCUCGCUGGUUAACAUGUAUGGUGAAGCGUUGGAAUUGAGUUGCGCGCGCCAAGUGUUUGAUAAAAUGCUUGAACGAGAUGUUGUGUCUUGGAGUUCGGUUAUUUCGAUGCAUGUUCGGUAUGGUCAGUUAAGUGAAGGGUUGAAGUUGUUUUACAGAAUGAUGUUAGAUGGGCAUGUACCGGAUUAUGUGACUUUGCUUAGUGUUGCGGAGGCGUGUGGUGAAUUGGGUUUAAGGUUACAAUCGAAGUCGGUUCAUGGUUAUGCAGUGAUAAGGAAUAUUGAAAGUAGCGAUCACAACACGUUAAAUAACUCUCUUAUUGCGAUGUAUGGAAAAUGUGGAGAGUUGUACAGUGCUCGGUGUCUUUUCGAUCGGAUUUCUAAUCAUUCAACAUCGUCAUGGACAGCUAUGAUCACAUGCUAUAAUCACAACGGUUACUACGAAGAAGCAUUAUACGCAUUCCGCAAAAUGCAAGAAUCUAAAGCAGAACCAAAUGCAAUCACCAUGAUGGCCAUUCUUUGUUCUUGUGCUAGACUGAGUUUCUUAAAACAAGGCAAAUCGGUCCAUGGUUAUGUUAUACGAAAACACCUCGACCCUGACAACGACAUUCUGGGGCCUACAUUGAUCGAUCUGUAUGCCAAUUGUGGAAAGUUUAGAACUUGCCACAAAAUUUUCGAUACAAAUAGGGAUAGACAUGCAUUUUCAUGGAAUAUGGUGAUAUCGGGUUAUACACGAGAGGGAAUGUCGGGGCAAGCGUUAGAUCUUUUUAAACAAAUGCGGGCCCACAUGAUCUCGCCAGACGAGUUUACUAUAGCAAGUGUGGUCUCAGCUUGUGGAAACAUGGGUUCAUUAAAUCUCGGCACUCAGAUUCAUAGUUACGCUGUUAAAACAGGGGUUUUGAAUGAGUUUGUUUUGAAUUCGUUAAUUGACAUGUACGCUAAAUGCGGUUUUAUAGAUUCAGCAUAUAACAUAUUCACGAACCAGAGUCGUAAGGGUGUAGUAACAUGGAACUCUAUGAUGUGGGGUUUUGUUCAUAACAGUAAAUCCGUUGAGGCCAUGAAUCUUUUCGACCAGAUGUGGUUAGAUGAUCGAGAAAUGGAUGAUGUAACAUUCUUGAGUGCGAUUCAAGCUUGUUCCGAUUUAAGAGAUCUUGAAAAGGGUAAAUGGAUUCAUCAUAAGCUCAUUACAAACGGUGCGAUGAAUGAUACAUACGUAUCUACAGCUCUACUCGACAUGUACGCCAAAUGCGGUGAAUUAUGGAUUGCGCAACGUGUUUUUGACAUCAUGCCGUAUAAGAGUGUUGUGUCAUGGAGUGCGAUGAUUGACGCUUAUGGGAUGCAUGGUUUGGUUGAUAUGUCAAUUUCGGUUUUCAAUAAAAUGAUAGAAUCAAAGAUGAAACCGAAUGAAAUUACGUUUAUGAACAUCUUAUCGGCUUGUAGUCAUGCUGGAUAUGUUGAAACGGGUCAGUUGUAUUUCAACUCGAUGAAGAAAGAUUUCGGGAUUGAACCUAAAUUGGAACAUUAUUCUUGUUUGAUUGAUCUUUUAAGUCGAGCGGGUCAUCUUGACGAGGCAUACAAAAUCAUCAUUUCAAUGCCGUUUUUACCCACUUCUGGGAUAUGGAGUUCUUUAUUAAGCGGAUGUCGAAUUCAUAGGAGAUUGGAUAUGAUGACGUUAAUACAAGAAAAACUUGAAAAGAUUGACGAUACGGGAUUCUAUACGUUGUUGUCGAAUAUUUCGGCUGAAGGAGAAGACUGGAAACAAUUUCAGACCGUGCGAUCAAUGAUGAAAACUACCGGUCUGAAAAAACUUCACGGGUGUAGUACAGUUCAUACCCGAUGAUGCUUUAUGGAGUUGUACGGUACAACCCGGCAGCUUACUCAAAUCUUUCAGCUUCAUCAACUCCCUUAUUUGAGAGACUUGACUCCAUCUUCCAUCUAAAGCGUACAGAUUUGAUACAAGCACGUAAUAAGAAACGUCGAUUGGAUGUUGGUCAAACAUCCAUUUGACCGCCUUUUGACCAAGGUCAAACCUCGAGUGCAUACUGCACCCGUGGAGAAAUGAUCCAAACACGCUCACAUCAGGCUGAACCCGCAUGUUUUUAACGAGACUGAAUGCUUCUUCAAGCCGACCAGAACGCGCCAACAAGUCAACCAAACACGCGUAGUGAUUCAUUUUUGGAGUAAAGUCAAAGUCUUUGCACAUCAAGUCAAAGAACUUCCAUGCUUCGAGAUUUCCUGUGUGACUACACGCAGAUAGAAUUGCUGUAAAUGUAGCAUCAGUAGGAUGUACGCUUUCCUUUACCAUAUCAUUAAAAACGUCAAAUGUUCCAUUACAAUCCCCUUGCAUUCCA